AUGUUGACGGAGGAUAGAGCGGCAAGCGGCAUCCCAGUCGGCAUGGAUGCUAGUGAAGAAACGGCUGAGGCUCGCGCUAAGGUGCGCCAUCUCAUGGCUCAGGCGCCGAAUGCUCGUCCACCCGAAUUUGUUAAUCCAUUGGAGAAGAUCGAACAACUACUUACAUGCCCUAUAUGCCUUGAUCGUUAUAAGCAACCAAAACUUCUCCCAUGCCAGCAUACCUUCUGUUAUCCGUGCCUGGAGUCGUGUGCAGAUACCCUGCAUCGAACUCUCAAGUGCCCGGAAUGUCGGGCCGAACACUCGAUUCCCUACGAGGGAGUGAAAGCCUUCCAGUCAAACUACACCCUGACUGGUUUUCUCGAGAUUCACCUGCAAGCCACACCGGACUCGGCCGCUGAAAUUGAGGAGUAUAUUCGUAGAUACAACCUCGAGCGAUGCAAAGUUUGCGACGAAAAGGCCGAUUGCGAGCUUUGCGCACAUUGCGAACGAAAAGCCUGCAAAGAAUGUCGCCAGACUCACAUGGAUAUGUUGAAGAGGGACUUGGCAAGGCUACUCAAUCAGGUUCGUCGACUAUCAAAUCGAAUCAUCGAGGCAUCUGACGGGCUCUCGAAAGGGCUGGAGCUACUCACGCUGAAUUGCGAGACAACCAAGGACGAGGUCAAAGAAUACUUUCACAGGCAUCAAAGGGAUCUGAAGAAACGUGAAGAUGCGUUUCUGAGUGAGAUCGACACUUUCCACGCCACGGAAAGCCGUCUUAUGAGCAAUCUUCGCGAUGUACUCGAGAUCGAAUCGUCGAACAUGAGCGAGGCUGUUGCCAGACUCGAUGCUGUCAUCAAGGGCGAAUGCACCCUUGACGAUGCUGAGCUAGUUCGAUUAAAAACAACAUUUUCUGAAGGGCUGGAAUAUCUACGGAAUUUCCAGCCUGAUGCUGAUGAGCUAUUCAAUCGUAAACUACGUUUUUCUGCUGGAGAGGACGCUGCCAGAUUACCUCAGGCCAUUACCACUUGUGGAGAGUUAUGCGUACUUGUGCCACAGUUUGCCGGAAGGUAUCUUCCACUGGAACAAUCGUACCUACCGCGACCUUUUCGUCUGACAUUAGAAAGUGAUCAGCACCGUUCACGUCACGGUCACGAGGACUCACGCGCGAACGAUCGCGAUCGUCCUUCGUCCAGGCUCACUGUACGCGACCUGGACGAGAGCUCUAUACGAUAUCGUCGCCGUCAACAGUUGGAAGAAGAGGCAUGGAAUCGUCUUCGAGGUACCAGUGCUGCUAUGGAAAGAAACGGUACAUCGUCAGUCACUUCUACCGAAAGGGAAGGCUCAACUGUUGGCCGAAGUCCGUGGUCAAGACCUCCCGAAGCGUCUUCACUCAAUGCUACCCCGGUGCCUGAAACUACUACUCCCGCUUCCGCUCCGAAAAAAGAGGCACCUCCCGUGCGGCAAGCAGAACGUGCGCAGGCCUCAAAACCUACUCCCUUGAAUCUUCCGAGGCCAGAGCGUGCAGCACAACCUCGAGUUGAUGUGAGUCCCGCUCCGAGAUCUCCAAAGCCGCCAUCGAGUCCUGCUCCACUGAUCAGAGCAGCCGAACCGGCUAAGGAAGAGACUGAAGAGGUUCGCUCAAGAAAGCCGCCACUUCCAAGGCAAGCGUCCAGUAAUGACGAAUCACUCAAUGAGAAGGUAGAGGUGAUUCGAAGAGCGCACGCAGAGCGCCAGGCUGCAUCUCGAGCCGCUUCCAGCGAAGACUCUGAGGCCGAAGAGGCAUCUCGACCUAGACAACGUAUUCGAAUCGUGUGCCGUGCAGCAAGUACCACUCGCGAUGAUGAACCUAUAGCAACAGCUGCCAGCGUACCUCCAGGUGUGCCGAUUCCAGUCACACAUUUCACAGGUGAGCCUGAAAUACCCGCUUGGCUCGCCAGGAGACGUCAACGCUUUCAGCGAUCCCGAACUAACCCAGACCUUGCGUCUCAGUUCUGCUCACAGCGUGUACAGCAGUUGCUUCAAGAGAGAGAUUCCCGUUUAGAUAGCUCGACAAGCACCGAAGAAGAGCGAAGAAACAUUCGUCGUCGUAGUGCGUCGCGAGAGAUCAGUGAGUGGAGAGCGCGCGGAUGCCCUCGCGUGAUCUUUGGUCGUAAGGGAGCCAAAGAAGGAGAAUUGAAUUGGCCCCGAGGAGUAUGUGCCCUCCGAGGUGGGACACUGGCUGUAUGCGAUUCGAGUAACCAUCGGGUUUGUGUGUUUGACCGAGAAGGCAAGUUUUUGCGACAAUUUGGCGGCUAUGGCUCUGGACGUGGACAGCUUGACUCAGCAGCCGGCAUAGCCACAUUUAAAAGUAAGCUGAUUGUAUCUGACCGAUACAAUCAUCGGGUUUGCAUCUUCGAUUCUGAUGGAACGUACCUGAACUCAUUCGGUGGUCAUGGGCAGUCCAACGGGAAAUUUAACAAUCCGUGGGGCGUAGCCGUUGACGAAUUGGGAACGAUCUACGUUGCCGACAAGGAUAAUCAUCGGGUGCAAAUGUUUGACAAAAAUGGAUUAUUCGUGGGCAAAUUUGGCACGAAUGGCCAUGGACCAGGGCAAUUGCACAAUCCGUUAUUUAUUGCUGUGAAUAAUGCUAACCAUCAGGUAAGCCCGGCUGCCAACUUGCGAUUUGAAGAAAGUUCAAAGUGCAUGGUAACUUGUGACAAUCUAUCUUUUCUAUCCCUAAUAGACCUAACCACUGCGGCAUUUACCAACAUUCCCAUAUUCCAAACACUUCUUAGCUGUCUACUUGUUCUUGCAUGGUGUUUACUAGCAACUAGGGGAUGGGGUUUAAGCGAUUUCAUCCAGGUCUACGUCUCGGAUUCGUCAAAUCACCGAAUUUGUGUCUUUGACGUUCAAGGAAUGUUCCUGUUCUCAUUUGGGACCGAAGGGUUCCACGGUGGGCAGUUCAAAUUUCCUCGUGGUGUUGCGGUGGAUUCACAGAGCAAUAUCCUGGUCGCGGACUCUGGGAACAAUCGAAUUCAGGUGUUCUCAUCAGAUGGCGAAUUCAUUUGCACAUUUGGAACGUGGGGUGGAGGUGCCGGUCAGCUGAAGGGCGUCGAAGCGCUUUGCGUAUUUGACGGAGGCAUCGUCGCCAGUGAUCGAGAGAAUCACCGUAUUCAGAUCUUCUAA